UAAUCCUCUUCUAUGCAGGUUAUGAUAGGUUACGUUUUUAAUCGAAGGCAAAAUUAAAUUACUCAAAUUCAUUCGAAUAAAUUAACUGCAAGAAAAUAAUCUUCAGCAAUGUGGUUAGAAGAAAUCGACGAAUUCUUCAAGGGUUAUCUACCUUACUAUAUUUUAUUAUUUCUGCCAAUUUUUAUUAUAAUAUCUCCUAUUAAUCCGGUUCAUGGAUCUCAUGAAUUUCCCGUUUAUCGAAUGCAGCAGUACGAUUUGAAUGGAUUAUCACAUGGAAGUCGUGGAGCCUCCAUAAAUCUAGAAGCCAGGUCUCUAACAAAUUGGAAAUCGCCUAGACAUUGUGUUGUUACGAAAAUGAAAGAUUUAUCAGUUGCACAAAUGAGAGAUGUUGUUACCAAAGCAGGAGCUUUAUUGAUUUUAGUUCCGAGUGAUUUGACCACUCUAUCUCCUGAGGAAAAAGAGCAUUUAUCAUCGCUUGAAGGUGCUCUGAUGAACCAGGAAACUUCCAUACCUGUUUAUUUCAUAAAAGACUCACCAGAGUUUGAACAUAUUUUUACUGAGAUAUCAGUGAAUUCAGCAGCCAAUGAUUUGAAAAGAUCUGCAGCUGAAGCCUUAUUUUCCUCAGUGGCUGCUAAUGGUUAUCAAAUUGUUGUUUCAUCAGGUACACCAAGUAUUAAGAAAGAUGUAAAAGUUGCAACAAUUCAGGGGCAACUUAUUGCAAAUAAUUUGAAAGAUGAAAAAGUUUCUACCAUUGCUAUUGUUGCUCAUUAUGAUAGCUUUGGCAUCGCACCAGAGCUAUCUUUUGGUGCUGAUUCAAAUGGUUCUGGAAUAGUUGUCCUUUUUGAAUUGAUCAGGCUGUUCUCAGAAUUGUAUGCUGAUCCCAAAACUCAUGGGAAAUUCAAUAUAAUCUUCCUUCUCUCUGGAGGGGGAAAAAUUAAUUUUAUGGGUAGUAAGAAGUGGUUGGAAGAUCAGUUAGAUUCUUUAGAUGGAUCACUCAUCCAGGACGCAUCUUAUGUUGUAUGUUUAGAUACCCUCGCAAACAGCGACUCUCUCUAUAUGCAUGUUUCAAAGCCUCCUAAAGAGGGCACACCUCCACAUUCCUUCUUCAGAGAACUAAAAGCUGCUGCUGGAUAUCAUUCUAAUGUAACUGUUGAGGGGGUCCAUAAGAAAAUUAAUUUAGCAGAGGACAUUCUAGCCUGGGAACAUGAAAGAUUCAGUAUACGAAGAUUACCAGCAUUCACUUUGUCAACGGUGAAAAAUUACAGAGAUAAUAAUAGAAAUACAAUUUUGGAUGUGAAAAGCCAUGUCAAUAUAGAUAGAUUGGAGUACAAUGCGAGAGUGAUUGCUGAAGCAAUUGCAAGGCAUAUUUAUAAUGUUUCUAAUGAAGCCAUAUUUGGAAAAGCGAUGGAUGUGAAUAGGGAACAUAUGGAGUUUUGGUUAGAUGUGGUAACUAGCCAACCACGAUCAACCCAAAUACUAGGCAGUAAGGAUAAUUAUCUCAUUAAAGUUUUCAAAGACUAUUUCGAUCAACAUUUAAUCGAUACCAAAGUUUAUUAUGCUAGUCCGGAUAAGAGAGAUCCAGAGUUCAAUUUUUAUGAUAUCACCAAAAGCAUAGUGAAUAUCUAUAGUGUGAAACCUGCAGUAUUCGACCUUUUCUUGACUUUCGUCAUAGCCUUAUACCUCACAGUUAUUUAUUUUCUCGUACAAAAAUUCUCAUUAUUUUACAAUUUGGCAUGCUGCUUGACUGCAAAAAAAAAGACUAAGUAAUAUAUACGACUUCAAAUACAGUAAGUAGUAAUUUUUAGAAAUAUUUGGAUCAAAUGCAUUUUUCUGUUAUUCAAUGAGUAUUUUUUACUCAAUAAUUUUGUUUCAUUUUCAUAUACAUAGUUAAUUUAUUUGUUGAAAUAAAUAAUUUUUUUCUCA